UUGUAUAAUUCUGACUGAACGUUUAGUGUGCCUCGUUGGAAUGCUACAACGCGAUUGGUUGAUGAGUUUGCAUCACGAUUGGUUGGAGUGCGUGAUUGGCUCGCAUUCGUUUCUUGGUGCCCGUAAGGCCCGUCUUCACGAAGUAAUAUACAGGGCGUCCCAAGACUAUGGGACAUCAAGGGAAAGUACCUUAAAUAUCGUAGAUAGGAUAUUUUCCUGAAAGAAGACUUUAUUUUAUUUUUAAAAGUAAGAAAUAUUGCAUUCAAAGAAUUUCAAAAAAAAAUUGAAAAUUGCUUACUUUUUGUGGGAAUUAAACCGAAUCUUGAAAUUUUAAUCAAAAAUUGUACUAUAUUAAUUUCUUUUGCGAUAUCAUAUUUCUAAAAUGACUUAUUUUUUAUGCAUUCUAUCGAUUGGCAUCAUAAAAAUACAGGUUGGCAUCCUUUUCGAUUUCCAGAUAUGGUAACUUAUUUUUUUUUUAAAUCUUUGAAUGCAGUAUUACUCAGUUUUGAAAAUAAGAUAAAGUCUCCUUUUAGCAAAAUAUCCUAUCUCUUAUAUUUAAGGUACUUUCCCUUGAUGUCCCAUAGUCUUGGGACGUCCUGUAUAAGUUAAUUGUGCGAGUUUAUCACUACACCUUAUAAAACAAAGUCCCCGCCGCGUCUGUCUGUAUGUCUGUAUGUUCGCGAUAAACUCAAAAACUACUCAACGGUUUUUCAAGCGGUUUUCACCUAUCAAUAGCGUGAUUCUUGAGGAAGGUUUAGGUGUAUUAUUUGUUAUGCUACCCGUGCGAAUCCGGGGUGAAUCUCUAGUGUUUCAUAAAGCUUCUUCUUUCGCAGUUGUAUGGUUUUGUCUCGCCCCUGUACAAAGAUUUGUUUGAAAUACAUUUUGCAAAUUCCUCUGUAACUCGUUAUCCUAAACGAGGAUUGACAAUUUGAUGACCAGAGGCCGGAAUUCUCGUGGCAGUUUGAAUUGUCAUUAGGGAUUUCUCAUAUAUCGACUUUCGAUAUACCUAUAUCGAUACAAUGUAGAAUACAACAUAUUAAAUAGAUUAAAAGUAGAGUUAAAUAACAAGCGGUCUUGUCGCUAAAGAGCGAUCUCUUCCAGAUAACUUUUGAGUAGUUGAAAAUGCGAAAAAAGAUUUGCAAUAAAUAGAAUAAAAACUUUUUUUAAUACUACGUCGGUGGCAAACAAGCAUACGGCCCGCUUGAUGGUAAGCAGUCUCCGUAGCCUAUGUGCGCCUGUAACUCCAGAGGAGAUACAUGCGCGUUGCCGUCCCUAACAUCCCUACCUCUCUUCGUUGAGCUCUGGCAACCUUACUCACCGGCAGGAACACAACACUAGUUAAUCGUUUCACAUUUAAUGACUACAGUCCCGUCUCUGUCUCACGUCUGUUGUGUGCUAACAAAUAUUCCAUUAGUUCCUUUAUAAAAGAAGUAACUAGUCAUCUUUUUCCAUAUUAUCUGCUUAAAUGGACUUCUUUUACAGUUAAAUUAUCCCUUAACUAUUAUAAGUUUUUAAUACGUUUUGUUCUACAUUGUAUAGAUAUAUGUGUAUUGGAAGUCGAUAAAUGAGAACUCCAUAUGACAGUUCAAAAAUGCCACAAUAAUGUUGGUCUCUGAUGAUGAAUUGGAUUUUUUCUUCUCAUUUUUCUGCUACACAAAGAUUGUCUGGAAGAGAUCCCUUAGUAAUAAAACCUCCUGGUUCCACCUAAUUUACAUUUUAUGUAUUGGUAUUGUUUAAGUAGUCCAAUCGCUUGGAAAAAUUAGGGCAACAAAGGUGCCAUUUUUAGUACCCAUCUAGGGUAUAAAAUCAAAAAUUAAAAUAGGUUUUUAUGUUCACAGACGAAAAAAACAAAGUCUGAGAAAUUGAAGAGCAGAGAACGGAAAAAGACGGAGAAGAUCCGGGAUGAAGACUUCCCCGCGUUCGAGAAGGAAUACAACUUCGAUGUCGUCAUACUGUCGCGGGAACAACAGGUGGGUACACUACACUACACUAUACCCCGCGUUCGAGAAGGAAUACAACUUCGAUGUCGUCAUACUGUCGCGGGAACAACAGGUGGGUACACUACACUACACUAUACCCCGCGUUCGAGAAGGAAUACAACUUCGAUGUCGUCAUACUGUCGCGGGAACAACAGGUGGGUACACUACACUACACUAUACCCCGCGUUCGAGAAGGAAUACAACUUCGAUGUCGUCAUACUGUCGCGGGAACAACAGGUGGGUACACUACACUACACUAUACCCCGCGUUCGAGAAGGAAUACAACUUCGAUGUCGUCAUACUGUCGCCGGAACAGCAGAUCGAGGACAUGGCGUCGCGGAAAGAGAAGGACAACUACAUGAACUCGCAGUUCAAAUGCGAGAAGUGCUUCAAGGGGUUCUACACGGAGGCGACGCUGGCCAACCACGACUCCAAACACCACGACGAGGCCGUGGGCCCGCACUCGUGCGAGCUGUGCCUGUGCCGGUUCCGCAUCCCCGCCAUCCUGCGGCGCCACCUCGCCACGCACCGGCUGCGCUUCGUGUGCCAGCACUGCGGCUUCACCGCCAGGGACAGGUCGCACGCCAUGACGCACUCCAAGGAACACAAGGGGCUGCGCUAUGAGUGCCAGUACUGCGGGGACACCUUCAAAAAGCGAUCAACAUACGGCACCCACGUCCGCAUCCAGCAUCCCAACCAAAAUAAAUCAUGCGACGUGUGCGGCGAAACGUUCCUAGGAGCUCUCGGGCUCGCUCUACACAAGAAAAAGUCACACCGACAGGCGGUGGAGGCGGGCGCGGCGCCGUGCGCGCAGUGCGGCGUGUGCUUCGAGAGCGAGUACGCGCGCGCGCGGCACAGCGCGCUCGCCGCGCGCGGCUGCCAGCACGCCAGGGCAUGCGCGCUGUGCGGAGAGAACUUCAAGGACGAAGCGGCGCUGCAGGCACAUGUUAGAGAGAGACACCAAGACCGGCAGACGCAGUGCCAGGAGUGUGACAUGACGUUUGCGAGCGAGGCGUCCCGCAGCGUGCACUACGAGCGAGUCCAUCUCAAGGUGAAGGUGCGGCGAUGCCUGCCCAAGACGGGGCGCAAGUACGACCGCUACGGGGACCACUUCAUGUGCGAGAUGUGCGGGAAGAAGUGCCAGAACAACAUCGCCCUGAAGUACCACAUUCGGUCGCACACGGGGGAGAAGCCGCACGCCUGUCCGCACUGCCCCAAGCACUACUCCACGCCCGUCGCGCUGCAGUACCACAUCCGCUCGCACACGGGGGACAAGCCGCUGGCGUGCCCGCACUGUCCGCUGCGUUACGCCACUCACAAGGGACUGCAGACUCACCUGCUCAAGCACACGGGCGAGCGGCCGUUCAAGUGUGAGCUGUGUGGGAAGGCCUUUACACAGAAGACCAUGCUGCAGAAACACAAAACGGUACACACUGGUGAGAAACCAUACGCAUGCGACAUAUGCGGCAAGGCGUUCACCCAGUCGGGCUCCGUGCACACGCACGUCAAGUACGUGCACAAGAAGCUGCCCGCGCCGCCGCGCAACCGCGGCAAGCGCGACAAGCCCGACUGACACACGCACUACUGACAUACAACUUACACUUCUCCGGUAUGAGCCGG